AUGACUGACAUAUUGCCUGCCUAUAUCAAGACUCCCAUCGGCACGGCCAGUAAAGGUGUCAGAUAUGCAAAGACGGUUGAUGAUCUGGCCCGUGUUGGUCGGGAAUUUGAAGACCGCGGCGCUUUUAGGAACAACGGUCGAGUCCUCCUCCAAAAAGCGCUGGCGGGACCGCUUGUUAUGGUACAAGGGGUGUUCUCGCAUGGUAGACUAUUGACCUGGCAUGCAUGCCUACGCGCUCGGGAAGGCCCUUCUGGAGGGGCCGCCAAAAAGACAUCCCUUCCACUUCCUGUGUUCGAGGAUGAUCUGGUGAAGCUUGGUGCAUUCUUGAAGUACGAUGCGGCCCUGUCGAUGGAUGCAAUUCUCGUGGAGGGUAUACCGUGUUAUAUCGACGUGAACCCCCGAAUUACGGAGCCGAUGAAUGCUCUCGAAGCCGGUGUUGAUCUCGUCGACUCAAUACUCAGCAUAUCAACUUCUCACAUGCGAAGCUCGGAAAUUAUCAGACAUAUUCCACCGAGACCUGUAUGUGGUGAAGAGAACAUCAUCACACAUCAAUUCGUCCUCGCUGCUAUGAAAGCCGUAGAGGGUGGAAGGUUAGCAUUACUUGCCGAGGUCUUCAACGCCCUACUUGGCCUUGGUGAGUAUGCGAACUCAACAGAGGAGUUGACACCGGUUGAAGACGAUCCCUUGAGCGUUCUCUUCCUCUUUACUUUCACGAUGUUGAUGUUGCUCGGAGGCAAACGGAUAGCGAAGUAUUUCGACGGGAGCAGCGUGAGCAAUUAUGCGUUAAGCGCUUUUGGCUGGGAGACGAUCUGCAGAGCUCAGCAAGCAAAAGGCAACAAGGGAGCCGGAACUGACAAUAUGCACCGACAGCCGACCCCAUCAGCCUCAACCGAACUUCUCCUGUGA